AUGCUACCCUUGGUACUGCUCACCUUCUUGAGCCUUGCCAGCCAGGCUUCGGCGGCAACAUGGUACUUUCUCCGAUACUAUACGCCGUCCGGUGCCAAGUUCACCUCCUUCUCCGGAGAGAUGGUGAUUCCCGCAUUACCACAAGCAGGCACAUACUAUCUCUGGCCCGGAUUGCAACCAACCGACAACAGUGGUGUCUACCAGAACGUGCUCGACGGUCGAAGCGGCACCUGGUGGAUCGGUUCUGGAUGGUGCUGUAGCAACCCGAGUCUGCCCUGGGGGAGCGGUUUCAACACCUAUGCCGGAGAAACCGUGACAUUCAGCAAUACGCUUAAAAGUGACAACUCUGGCUGGACUUCCACCCUCACCAGAUCUGCCAAUGGAGCUAGCGUCACCGACACCUUUGCUUUGGCCGACAAAUCCUUCAACCAAGUCUUGUUCGCAAUUGAGCUGACCGGCGUGAGCUGGGAUUUUGGACAACUCGCCUUCAAGAACGUCAGGAUCACUAGCACCGGAACCGACUCUAGUUGGUGCACUUCGAGUCCUGAGAACUACAAUAGUGCUACCACCUACUCUAUCAGCGGCGUCUCAGCCAGUGUCAGCGGCAGCACUGUCACUUGCACCAUCAGCUCUGUGAUUCUGCAAAAGCCAGCCUAA